AGCGCCUAUAACCCCGAGUCUUGUACCAGUCUUGCCGCGUGCCUGCAGGUCGUUUCACGAGUACACCAUGACGGAAGUUGCGCCUGGAACCACGUACUUCUCUCUUCCAACCGAACUCCGGCUGGAAAUCGCAGCCUACGCACUCGAACAAUCACCAGAUACUGGACUCAUCGGGAAGACAAACCAACGUGUUCCGCCUCGACGGCCUUGGAUCCGUGGGCUCUGCUUAUGUCGAAACUACAAGGCUGCUCCCAACUUAACGAUUCGGCUUGUGUGUCGCCAGUUCCGAGAUGACUUUACAUCUCUCGCCUUCCAAAAGACCAUGUUCACCCUAGCUUUAGACCCGGAUGAGGUCAUUGCCGAUCAAUCAGAUGAGCUCUUGCGCAACGUGCGCAAGCUUUCGAUUCAGUGUGACUGCGCUUUGAUUACAUCCUGGCGCGAAUUCCCAUUCAAUAGAGAAUGUAUGAAGUUGGACGAGCUCACUAUUGGAAUGAGAGAUUCACCAAAUGGGACCGAACUGGUUACGCUUUUGCGGCGCUUAAAAAAUGUCAGAGUUCUAAGGUUCAUUUUACACCGAGAAUUAACCUGGAUGCAUCUGUCCGCGUACAAUAGUCUUUUUGGGGCGAUACUGAAGGAAGACCACUAUCAACGGUACGACGCUCCAAAUGCGCCCAAUGUAGAGGCCACUUGGUGGCAAUGCACCUUCAACAGGAGGCAGAAAAGCUUCACACUGGUGGCACAGACACCGAAACCGGUGAUGAAUGAAGGAGAUUAUAUGCUGCUCAUGAAGCCAUUAGUAUAUCAGGUUAUGAAGAACGCAGAGUAUAUCUUUUAUUUGUAUGAAAAUUAAAGUAACUCAGUGAGAGAAAUUAGUAUAAAACACAGUUUGUGUGCUAAACCUCGUACCUUUAGCACAGUAUUAAGAUGUAAUAUAUAGUUAGCUCAAUAGACCCAUCAUUAAUUAAGAGACC